GCGCUGCUCUGCUGAUCACACCCACAGUUGGGCUACAGCUGAGCCAGAGAUGCCUCCCCACCGCCUGGCGAUGGACAGCCAGGUACUCCCGGCCUUCCUGCUCUGCAGCACACUGCUGGUCAUCAAGAUGUACGUGGUGGCCGUCAUCACGGGCCAAGUGAGGCUGCGGAAGAAGGCUUUUGCCAACCCGGAGGAUGCCGUGAGACACGGAGGCCUGCAGUACUGCCGGACCGACCCGGACGUGGAGCGCUGCCUCCGAGCCCACCGGAACGACAUGGAGACCAUCUACCCCUUCCUCUUCCUGGGCUUCGUCUACUCCUUCCUGGGUCCUAACCCUUUUGUCGCCUGGAUGCACUUCCUGAUCGUCCUCCUGGGCCGUGUGGUGCACACGGUGGCCUACCUGGGGAAGCUGCGGGCGCCCAUCCGCUCCGUGAGCUACACCCUGGCCCAGCUCCCCUGCGCCUCCAUGGCCUUGCAGAUCCUCUGGGAAGCAGCCCGCCACCUGUGACCAGCAGCCGCGCCGCCAUGGCCACCAGACCAUGGGCCGAGAGCCACUGUGGCUGUAUCUGGGGACUUGGUGUCCGUUCCAGAUUGUGAUAGGCCCUGGGUCCUGGUUUCCUGGCAACCUGCUGAGUGUGUAGACACCCGGGCCCAGUGGGCCUGUGUGUGCGCAUGCGUGUGCACGUGUGUGCGUGUGCGUGCGUGUGUGUACGUGCGUGUUUCUUAGCCCCUUGGAUUCCUGCAUGAAGUGGUUGACUGGACCCAUUCAGAGACAGGCUGCCAAGAUCGACAACCCCUCGACUCAGAUAACAGAGCGUUGACAACAUCACCCCCUCCCUCCGUAAGAGUGGACAGAGAGGGGAGGCUCCAUUCAGGGUCCCCAGCCUAAGGACCAUCCGGAUCCAGGCCAAGAACGCGGACCUCUCAGCCCACCCCGGAGGUCCUGGCCCAGCCAUCUGCAUCUGACAGAGGCCCCCACACGAGUCCCUGCGAUGGCCAGGCCUGGGCACCACGGCCGGUGCCCUCGGAGGUAGGCUCGGGAAUAGCCCGCGCUUCUCCCGCGGUGGCGUUGAGCGCGACCAGGGCGGGAUCGUGCUGCUGUGUUCCCCCUUGUCGCCUCCCCUGCCCUUUGCUCUGGGUUCCUUUCUGGAGCCUUCUCUCUGGCUCAGGAGCAGAUGGGAGGGGACCACAGUAAGGUCGGCCUUCUCCUCCAGGGCUUCAGUCACUGCAAGGGGCUGUCAGUCGAGGACAGUGGCUUUGAAUGACCAGUCACUAAAAGGAACUUUCUGGCUCCUUCAGUACCUCUGAAGUUUGAAAGCUGCAAACGUCUGCCUCGUGGGGAAUCCGCGUGUGCGUGUGCGUGUGCGUGUGUGAGUGUGUGUGUGAGUGUGUGUGUGUGUGGCCUCUCCUAGACUCACGCGUGAUCUUUAGUCAUUAAAUGGAAGGG